AUGUCAUUGAAUAACAGGUUUAAUUAUUUUUUUUAAUAUUUAGAAUGGGUGUGGUACUUUCUUAAGAAGGUUAUUCUACUCCUCAGGAUAGGAUGUAUAUUUCCUAAUUAUUGCGUAAUCUUCCAUUUUUACUAAAAUACUAUAGGUCUCUAUUAAUUUUAAUGAAAAUAUCUCUUGGAAUUAGAGUAGCUGGUUAAUCGUAAAAUUCUACAGGUUCUAAAUUUUGCUAUAUAAGGAUAGCAGGGGAAUAUUAUGAGCAAAAAAACUUCCCCUACAUAAAGAAAUUAUUUAAAAUGGUAAGGUUUAUUUCCUAAACUUAGGAUAAUUACCAUAAAAUGAGUUAAUUCAUCUAUAGUUGGAACACUAAGACAAAUAAAUAAAUUGCAUUGGAGAGCAUCCUUCUCAAACAAUAAUUCAACAUCUGUUAAAAAGAGCGCAGAUAAUACUGUUGA